UGCGGCACGCAGCUUUCUCUUGCCCAUCUGCAUAAACCCCGCGCUCGAGCCUCGAACUAUUCACCUUCUGAGACAGUCAUCGCCAGUCACCGGAAAAAAGGGUGGUGUCGGACGUGCCUAUUGCUCGGGCUUGAACAUCGAAAGAGCUUUGUCCAUCAAAAUGACUUUGCUUAAACUCGUAGCAUGCAUGAUGCUAGCCACGCUGGUUACUGCCAGCGUUUUGCCGAAACCUCGUCAACCGGUCGACGUGUUCAGGAUGAUGGCCCACUUUCCACGAGCAGUGAUCGUGUACGCAUCCACUAACGAAACUGCAUUGAAGUGCGCGACUACCACUCGUACCUACUUCGAUCCUGGAGCGAAGAAGGCCACCUACGUUUGGGACCUGAAAAGCGACGGCUAUUCAGUCACGGGAAACAUUAGGUAUGAUGUAGAGGAGGGAAACUCACCUGACGCGGCCACCUUCUUCGUGGAGAACGACCGAACACGCCCCUACACUGCCAUCUGCGUUUACACCGACUACAAUACCUGCUUUGUUCUAAAGAUGCCCUUCCAAGGCCAGGAACAAUGUAUGCUGUGGGUGAAGCCCGCUGUCAUUGAUUCGAUUCCCGGACACUGCCGUAACAAAUACAAGCAGAAUUGCCCCGUUAGAUUUCCGACGUACAACAAUGAUUUGUGUGAGGUGGAGUAAUAAAGGCUAACUUCUGCCGGCACUUUAUUUGUGCGGCUGCUUGGCGUCUCAUGUUCA